AGGACCUCAUCUAGAAGAAGUUUUUUUCGCCUCCAGAAAAGCAAUAAAAGAUCCCCGUCUUGGAAGUUUUUACCCCCCCUAGACCCCCCUCGAAAUUUAUUUAUUGCUGUCCUCUUUCCUCCUUGACGCGUAGAUAUCAUGUCGCCAUCUGCCUCCUAGAAUUCCAUUUUGCAAGGGGAUGUUCUACAAGAACGCCCCGUAUUUCCAUUUUCAUACGAUUUUCGUUUUGUCCAGUUUCAGUUCUGCUGUUUCGAAGAUUUAUUUGAGGAUUUAUCUAGAAGCCCGAGUGUAACGACUCGCAUAUUACCGCCUGUGGUCCUCGAAAUUUUCCAUCGUGGCGCUCCGCGACCCGGCGUGUUUGUCACUCUUUCUGGACUGCACUAGUACAUCAACCUCUCUUGAACUUGAUGUUGAUCCGGUCUCGUCAGCAAAAAUGCCCUCGUUCGAGGUCGACAAAGCUACAGGGGGCUUCUACCUUAGUGGCUUCGGGGAGGAGCAAUGUAAUCUACUUUAUCGACAAUGCCCUGAUGUUGAAGAUGCACAAGCGCUUAUCGUUAUCCAGCCGGUGUCGUGCAUUGCCUUGAUGAAUUAUUCAACAAGUUCAAGAACUUUAUCAUUAUCCCGACCGGAACAAUAUGAAUAUCAACAUCAGAUAGAACAACAGAGCUAGCGACGUCUUAGUCGCGUGCACGAGCACACGGCUCUUGCUGCGCCACACGAGUUCGACAGCACGACGACCUGGUGCAACAAGCACGGUGGCACUAGCCUCCCGUCCUCGGCGCGUAAGUAUCUAUUCGUAUAAUUUCGAAAUGUGACGAGGGGCGAAUAAAUCUAACUGGUCCAUCAAGAGGAACAAGCGGGCUCCACUACUUGCCGCGGCCCUCUAGAACCUGUACUAGUAGUACAGAGAACAAAAGCUUAAGACCAUGUCGACGACGGCUCCUGGCAGCACUUCCUCACCCACGGAGGCCGUGCCACAGUGGACCCAAGUGGAGCGCGAGCGGCUCAGCGAAGCUGUUAACGAGUAUGAGUUUUUUUGUUCUUUUUCAGAUCAUUUUUUGGUAUUGCUUGGCAACAAUAAACAAUGCCUCCGUUCGUGUUGCGACAGCACUUGCUUGAAUUCUUCUUCACGCCAGGAGUAAGAAGUAAAAAUACGCGCAUUGUUCUCGAACAGAAUUCUGAGGAUACAAAUUCCAUCAAAUAAACUCCUCAGGUAUGCCAGCGUCGAGAACAUAAAGGACCGGUUUCAGGCCAUUGCCCAGUUUGUCGGGCACAACCGUAUGCAUGGCAACCAUGUUCCAUGUCUGGGCCUGGAAGAAGCUUGUGCUGCUAGUUUGUUUAAUGAUGGGCGUCCGUACUGCAAUACGCAGCCACGCAUGUUGACAAGUUUCUGGACCGUCCUUUUUCUCUCGUAAGAGGGGGCCUUUUUUUCCUGCUCGCGCACUGCAGAUUCAACUGUCAUGUGAGACGAGUAACAUGACAAAUGAUCUUUGCAUUCUCCCAGCAGACCCAGACAUGUAUUGUGCAAUGCAUAAACCGGGGCGCCAAGCAAUGUGCGAUGUACUUCAAAGAACACCGGGUAGAACUCGAGGACUUAUGGCGGGACAUCCUCGCAAGGCGCGAAGUAGAGCGGAAAAAGCAGGAAAAAGAAAAAAAACUCGCAGAGGAGACGCGCAGGGAAAUCCAGGCGCAUAUCCUGAGCAAAAACGUUCCCAAAACCCAGAGUCGUCAUGCAAAUCUCCAUGCCAAAAAAGUUUCUCAUCAUGCACAAGCGACCGAGCGCAGGUGUUCGCGAGCGUCCGAGUGCGCGAACGUUGGGCCACUUGAGGCUACUUUAGGCGCACGCCUAGCGGUAAGCGGUCGAGAGAGUGCUUAUUGCGGCGAGGCGUGUGGGAUGUAUGAUUGUAUGUGACUAGUGCUAACCUCGAUUUCUUGUUCCUUCGAAUAGCUUUUCUAUGAGUAAAUUUGGCAUGUGUUAAAUUUGUAUUCAAAAAAGAAAAAAAAAACUUUUAUUCUCCAAGAUGGUCAUCUGCCGCUCUGUCGUUCACGUGAUGAGGACAAAGUGCCUCGCGUAGCCGCAGGGCCGGUAGCCGGGCAGUCAGGCUAACCAAAGUUGUUAGUGAGACUGGUGGAGUAGAAGACGCAAAAGAGGUUACUCGGUUGUGAGGGGGGGUAGAAGUUAAGCCUGCAAGGACACACAAGAAGGAGGGUCCUGCCGUUGCAGGAGGUUGGGGGAAGUAGGGGGUCUUCCUUCUAAAAGGAGGCACUUUCAAGAAGGAAAAUGCGACUACUGCAGCGAUUUAUAGUAAGUCUGUGCGCGGCGAUGUCGCUGUGGAGCCAGGCGCUCCAAUGUAUGGGCGACGACGAAGUGCUGGAAGUCGUGGAAGAGACGCCACCAAAGUUAACGCGCCAUAUGGCGUGGAACGUAAAUGGCUUCCUAACCAAGAACAGUGCCAGACUACUGAACGCUACAAAGUUCAGCAAGUGCUCACAGGGUGCGGGCAAUGAACUGAAGGCGCCUAAUAUAACAGCGAAACAGGCUAGGUUCGACCACGUCGAAAUGACGAGAAAGCCAAGGGUGCACGUGUCAACCGCCACUGAUAUGCGGAAGAAGUCUGCGUCCAUUUUUGCAGGGGGUUGCUUUCACUUUCACUGCAACAAGGUGAGGAAACUUCCCAAGAGGCAGCUGCGGUUUGAAAUUACUACACUCCACACAGAGGGCCUCUAUGUUCAGAAGGAGUUAGUCGAUAAGAAUGACAUAGUUCUCUGGAUCACGGCAGAGAUGGGCGAGGACUAUGCAGUCUCGAUCUCCUUCUACCGACCAGGAAGAACGGUGCGCCAGAACGAUGAGUGCAAAAGGGCACACAUCAGGAAGCAGGUGCAACGGGCUUGGGAAGAGAUGUCUGAGCUACUGUUUGCGGCUUCUCUUGUGAUCUUUUCGGGUGAUGUCAACUGCGAGUAUCAGAUUAGUGCUGGCGGGCUAGUUGGCUUCGUUUAUGAGAGCACUAUAGGGGAGAUUCUUUUCCAAGAAAUCUUGACGCCGAUCGCGGAGAUAGUGAACGAAUUUGCAGUGGUGCUGGACACAUGUGGGCCGACAUGCUACAAAGGAUCUUCGCGCAGGGCGAUUGAUUUCGUGGCGGUCGGGGCAAACCAUGCGAGCAUCUUUGAAGAGCCAAAACUGCAAAGGAUGAAGGUCGCCAACAGCCCCGACGGGGUGUGUGAGAUGCUUGACAAGUUCAAACACCCGCAAGAAGAAGAAGCGGACCAUUUAGCGUUGGUGUUGGAUGUAGUGUGGCGGCCGCAUUGGGCGGCUUUGCGGAAGUUUGAAGCUGUCCUCGAGCAGAUGGCGAGAGAAAAGACAGGUUUGCAGACAGGAACUGGGCUGGAAUUCAACGCAACCUAUGCAGAAAGGAUACCCGCAGGGCCGUCGGCGAAAAAUAGAGUGGCAAUCUACAAGGGAAAGAACAACUUUGAAAAGGCGAUCCCUUUCCCGAUGAUAACCGCAUGGCCACGGGGCACGCACAAAGUCGAGGCUUUGCAGCAAGCUUUCGAGGGGAAAGAGAUGCCAGAUCUGGUGAAAGAAGGUCUGCAUCGGGCGGAGACAUGGAUGCAAGAGGUAUUGGUGGAUGAAAAACUCAUCGCCCCCAUUCCGGCUGAGAUGCCCAAGAACUUGCAGAAACUCUUUGAGCGAGCAAGGCCCGAGAGGUUCGCUCACAAACAGAAGGGGGUGGGCAAAGGGGGAAGAAGUAAGGUGAAAGGAAAAGGCGCGAAAGGCGUCUGGGCGGCAAAAGGCAAGAAGGGGCUCGGGAAAGUCAGAAAGGGCGGAGUUAUCCUCGGCAAAGAAGUAGCGAACGUAGAAGAGGAUAUGCAAUGGCUAGCGAGGGAAGCUAAGGAAACUGCUGACAGAUGGGCUAAGUCGUUUGAGCAAGACUGCGACCCCCAGCAGAUGGAUAACCAGUACAAAAGAGCGAAAGCUGCAAAGCUGCAAGUUUGCGGGGCGCAACGUGGCGCGGCUGCAGGCGAACAAUCCUUCCUGAAUAUAGGUUCGGAGACAGCUCCAGUCUACAUAUAUGGAGCAGAAGAAUGCGCAGUGAAAGUGGCGGAAUUUCAUUUGUCAAAAAAUCAGCACACUCGCCUUGAGGCCGGAAAGCGCCAUACUUUUAGUCGCGAAGAGUUCGCGACUGCCCUCCGCGAGCUUACGCAAGCUGCUGAAUUUGUCCCGGACAUCGUAAUUACCGGCCGAGAUUUAAAGGCUCAUCUGAAGCGAAUCAAUAACGAAGCAGGGGGCGCGGAUGGAAUGCGAGUCAAAGCAUUCCAAGGGUUAGGAAUGAAGCAGUUGGACAAAUUGGCUGAGGGCUACACGUCGUUCUUGAAGAAAGUAAGGACUAUGAAGUUCGAGCCCUGGCUGAGAGAUAGCGAACAGGUGAUCCACCCACUCCUGACCACCCUGCAAGUAGAGCUUCUGGCAAAAGGCCUUGGAAGUGACAUAAGGAAGCUGAGGACUGUCAUUAAGGGCACUCCAUGCUAUCGGCUCCUACUCUCUUAUCUGAUCUUCAUUAGCUCCAGAGUAGCGGAUCUGGGGGACAAGUACACACCUGCAGGGGCGGGUGGCAAACCGGGGGCCUCCAGUGUUGUGACAGCAUUGGAAAUUUUGGGCACUAUCUAUCCAGACGAGCUCCAAGAUCCAUGGAGCAGGAAACUUGACGUGGAGCCACGGAAAUUUCUCAAACUUGAGAAAAAAGGGAAAAAGGCGGGCUCAAGGAAAGCAAAGAGGACAACCAAGAGAAAGGCAAAAGGCAGCGCGAAAGUAGGUGCUGCGCAAGGGGUCAAGAAGAAUUCGAAGACAGGCGACACAGGGAAACUCUCUUUGCACGAGGAGGGUAGUUUCGGCAUAGAGAUGGAGGGCGCGCCACAGUUAAGCGAACCGCGCCAGGAGCAGGGUGUAGAGGGGUCAAGUAGUGGCGCGACGGCGCGGAGCCAAGAGAGCGAGCAGGCAGGCCUGCUCUCGGACGAGGAGAGAGAGUGGCCCACUUGCCUCAUAGGGGUCGACGCAGCGAACUUCUUCAAUAAUAUCUCGGUUUGUAGCGCGGUGAGGGUGCUUAGAGGUGCUCGCAUCCACCCAGUGGUCAUCAAGCUCAUAUUUGUCACCACGUACUCGAAGAAACUCUACCUGAGAAACGGCGAGAUUUUCGGGGAGAUCGCGGCACAUCAUGACAUGAUACAAGGGAGUGUCGACACUAUGAUGUGCGGCAGUCUCCUCUUCAUGCCAGCAGUGCAUGAAGUGGCAAAGUUUUUACAGAGCUGCUUCAACGAGAAGGGCCGAGUUGUUCCGGAUGCGGAGCUGAGGAAACUCGCGCAGAAGAUGCGCGGCGCUGUAGAGAAGCGCUACAGCUGCAGUGACGACGUUGAUACGUCUUUCCAGAAAUACGACGUCCGCACAGAAGUGGAUGAGGUGUACUUUGACGAGAGCACAAAUGGAGGCCAGUCCACUGGCUUCAGAAGGGUAGCGACGCAGACGAGAGAAGACAAAAACAGAGGGAGAGUGCGUUUUGAGCACCAGGGCGGUAAGUUGAAGGACCCACAGAAGGCAGCGAAGCCCCGCAGUGCUACUGCGGUUCAAUUUAUCGAUGACGGCACCAUCUGCCUGCGCUAUCACAAGUGUGAUAGACAGGCAGUGCACUGGAUUUUGCAGCAAGUUUCGCAAGUAUAUCGCAGGAUGUAUAUUAGUGAAGGCCAGUUCAUGUCGCCGGCCAAAUGCGAACUACUCUGCACAGAGCAGGAAGUAGAAGCGUGGGCAUUGUUGAAUGCGUUCUCCCCUUUCGGCAUCCAGCUUCUGCGCAAAAGGGCCACGCGGAUCUUAGGGGCAGUAAUUACGCUCCAGGGAAUUGACGAACAACGGGCAGCGACACAGGGCCAGAUCACAAGCGCGAUAGGGUUGGGCCAGCACCUUGCGGCGAAAGUGAUGGCGAGCCAGAAGGAAAUGGCCGGGGAAGAGUUGAGGCGGUUGGUAGUCAUGUUCUAUCUCUCGGGCCUCUUGUACCUCCUCCCGCUGAUGCAGGUGAUUUUGCAGCCAUCAGAGUGGGCAGACCUACUGAUGGACAUGGCUACAGCAAUAGCUGAGACAUUGGGCUUUUCCAAGCGGGCGUGGGUUGAGCUAACGGCAAAGGCACAGCUGCAGCCGCAGUGCUUUUACAGAGUGAUCUUCUCUGAAAACUGCUUGGCGUUGCUUGAUCCGUUUGUUCUGAGCAUUAAGCUGCUACGGAGUGCGUGCCAGUCCAGUAUUUUGACAGACAUGGACUUUCUUCUUCCCAAAGCAGUCUACCCGGUCAAAGUGUUGGGGUCUGGCGAGCAAGGGGUGAGGCAUGGCGACAAAGAAGACCUGAAGGAGCAAGCUCAGGCGGACAUUGCUCUUGUGCAGGCUCUAGUCGAAGGAGCGGCUACAAGAAUAUCUCAUCGAAGCGAUCUCAGGGUUGCAGGCUUUGUUAGGGAUCGCACGAUGGGGCGGGGAAGGAUGCCAUCGGGUUUGCCCGUCUACGAGAUCCGGGCAUCCUCGGACUUGUCCGCGACGGUUUGCGUCGAGAGAGGCACGGGGAAAGUAUUCGCGCAAUGCAAAACGAAGAUGGAACAUCUGAAGACUGAAGUUCGUCGGCAAGAGAGGAGAUUCCUCGCUUAUGUUAACAAUGCGCUCACGUUGCUGCAGUUUGUCACGCAGCACUGCCACGGGAUUCGGAGAGUAGGUGUCGAGCUUUCUGACUUCAAGAGGCUACAGGCGAACACUCGUGGCCCACUCAGACAGGGCCGCGGCAUAGUGCUAAGCCUGGUAGAAGCACUAGAAGGGGCGCAGGCCCUUGGGUACGAAAUUCGCAAAGAAGUACUUCCGAACCACGAAAGGGAUUUCAUGUCAGUCGAUCCAUCGCUCCCGAUGCACAUGGUCCCGCUGCAGAUAGUCAAUGUAGCACAGCAUGACAACUGCUACACAACGUGGCCCGUCUACGAGUUCGGCGCGGAUAUGUAUAAGUUCCCCCCGGUCCGCGAUUGGCCGAAGAUGAACCGCACGGAGCGCACUCUUUAUCUAGACGAGUGCCUAGGAUUGUCACAAGGGCAGGAAGCGAAACAGGAUGAAGGAUGUACUGAGGUACAGGGCGGUCGGGCGCACGAGGAGGGCAAAGUUGGGGAGGCCGGGGACCAAGAAGCUCCUGACAGGCAGAGUGUGAGUCAGGCUGUAGACACCCAGAAAGAUCCGAAAAUUAAUUGCGGGACCGCAGUCGUUGAUCCAUUGCGCAAGUUCCACAUGGGAGCCGACUGCCUCGCGUUAUGCCGCGAGCUUGGUAAGGAUUUGGGGAAGUCAAAGAAUAAUGGUGCUAAGGCCUCAGCGUCGGCUGGCCGGACCUGUAGAGGAAGUGAGGCUGCUGGCGCCCCCCAAGUAGGGCACGCGGCUUCCUCGUCCUCCUCGAUAGCGCACAAAAGGUACGACCAGCUCACGAGAAGCGAGCGCAAAAGGUUUCAGGUGGGGAGCCCAAGGGGCACAGGGAGCAGCUCGAACGAGCUGGCAAGAGGGAGCGCUAGCGCAAGUGCGGACAGAGACCAAGAGCGAGAGGCGGACGCAACAGUGUGCGGGGAUGCUACUGCUUUAGGGGAAGAGGGAGGACAGGCAGUCAGCGCCCGGCGCACUGAUCCCAGCAGUGGGCCGAGAAGUCACAGCCGGGACAUCAAGCAGGGAGUUGCCGAGGCGGCCCCCCCUCUCGCAAAGGAGUUUGGCACGAGGCAGCUGCCAGCGCAACAGGAAGCGCAAAAGAACAAGGGGGUGGCGGCUUCUGUCGAGCAGACGCAGGGCCCUGCAGAACCGGCAAAGCAGGCGAAACCCUUUGGGGAGCCCUUCGGGGUAGGGGUGGGAAAGUUCCAGAGGCUCCUGGAUGUCGUCCAUCUGAUGGAGCCAGCCCACAGCGCGGAUCAACAAGAAACGAGGGGGGACAGGCUGGAGUGCGAACAGCUUUCACCCAGGAGUUGGGGUGAGAUGUUGCGUAGGGUUACAGGCAGGAAGAAGGAGGAUUUCGAGUAGAGUAAAUACUCGGCGUCCAGCUGCGUCAGUGCCUGCGCUAGGCAAGAGCAACACUCUGAACCACUGAAAUUCGACACAUUCAAAUUGCAACACUCAGCCUUUCCUUUUCUCGAUGAGCUGACUGUAAGACAAGAAAAAAAACAAAAGCAGAAGUGUAACAUUAGCGGGCGCUUUAGCUCCUGCUCUUCGCUGCCUAGGCAGUCGAGUUCGCCUCAGUCGCGAGACCGUAUUUGUGUUCGGCGGACGAUACAGCGCCUGCUGAUCAUGUCGUGUUCUGCAACAGAAGCAAAGCGGUGGCAACAAGAAUGAACAUCGAAGGGCACCGGGUCACUAUGUAUGAAGGGGAUUGCCGGUCACCCUUAAGUGGUAAGCUCCGAGACGAAUCCGGUUUACGACCCCAGUCCCCCCUCCCACCCUUUGCUUCUGUUGCAGAACAAGGCUGCACUAUGACUGCCAUGCACAAACUAAGCCUUUAAGUUGUCGCUGUGCCCCAGGAGGGUUGCCGGUCAGCAGCGACAAACAACUGGUCGAUGGUUUGACAACUGUGGUCUGUGCAAUUGCCCUGUUCGCCCGUGCCGCAGGUAAGGCACAAACGGUCCAGCCUCCCCUGUCUGGGCGGGGUUGCGGCUUAGGGGAGAGUCUCGCCCCUUAACCCAAAGGGGUGCGUCGUCUCUUCCGUGAGAACAAAAACGUAAGGCGUAAAAUGGGUCGGGUCCUGGAUCGUUCUGUAUGUUGGGCUGUCGCGCCCGGCUUGCUGGCCGGGCUGUGCCGAUCAGGUGUGGUGGGUAGCUCCCGACUGGUUGGUACUUUUCUUGGGGCGACUUGCCGUGGUAGCGCUCGGCUUUUGUAUGAUGAGGUCGCCGAAAGUGCUUCCUCGCCCACCCCCCGGGGAGGGGAUCCUUGACCUGUGGCGCCGGGAGCGGGUGUCCACUACAUGAUGAUGAUGAUGAUCAUGCGGAGCCAGUCCCAUGAGAAGCAUGCUGUAUUCGUGUUUUGGGAUUUGGGAUGCGACAAUCAGCAUGAUAUGCGAGAUCUGUGAUGCUGCUAGCUUAACUAGCUAAACAGGAUCACACUACGAGGGCAAGCCUGUCAUGCGAAACAACCAAAGCUGCUUGAUUUGUCUAGCAGAUUUCCCAACUUGACUCCGGUGUGGGGACGUUUUUCCUCAGGAUACCGCAGCAGGAGAAGAACCGGCAGCGGGCUGUGGCGAAAGAGAAGUUGGAACAGGAGAGGAAGGCGAAGGAGGAAGAAAAAUUAGAUAUGAACUGCAAAACCAUCGUACUUACUAGUAUCAAUUGCAUUACAAAUUGAAAUUUCCUUAGCAUCAUAAAUUCGAUUUGUAAUGCGGAUUUGCCUUCAGAAAAAGAUUUGUAAUGCAUGACUGCAAUUACAACUACGACUGCGAUACUUUUGCGCUCCAUAUUAGAAAAGCAGAAGCAAGAAAUCCUUGAAAAGCGGAAGCAAGAGCAGGCGAAGCGGGAGCAGGAACUAGAACAGAAGCGAAAAGAGAAGGAAAAGCAGCAGGCUUUGCAGAAGCAGAAGGAAGAACUUCGCGAGAAACAGCUGGAGCAGGCAAAGCUGGAUCGCAAGGAGAAGUAUCCUGUGCAAAAGUAUCGCACUCGUAUUGCAAUCAUGCGUUGCAAAUCUUUUUCUUAAGGUACAUUAGCAUUAGAAAUUUUAUCUCUCAUGCUGAGGAAAUUUGUUUAUGCAUUUAUACGAGUGCGAUACUUUUGCAGAUCAUAAGAAAAUCCGAAAAGCGAAAGAAGACCGGCUGAAGAAACAGGAACAGGAGGUGCUGGCGAAUAUCGGAUCAUCCCCUGCGACGGGAGGUGACACGCCGUCCGGCAUGAUGCCAUCGGGAGGUUCCUCUGCGACUUCAAGUACUAUGCAGAUGAUGAAGAACAAGCGGGGAAUUCUGGAGGAAGAAAGAGAUGCGGUGGUGCGCGCUGGGCUUGGCUUGGGCACCAUUGGCGGCAUGUUCGAGUAUCAAAUGUAAAAGUGUCUGGGUCUGGAAGAUUCUAAACUUGUAAUGCUGUCUCUGGAUUCUAAAAAAAUUUGUAUUGCAUGACCAGCAAAAGGACUCCAGUUUGUGCUACGUGGAGAGGGCAUUUCUCAUGCGGUAGAGGCAUCACAAAGUACUCUAAAAAUCUGUGAUGCUAGGGCAUGCAUCACAGACAUCGUGGAUCAUUCAAAAUAUGCAUGACAAACCCGGCAAUCUUCCAGACCCAGACAUUUUUACAUUUGAUAUCGAGUCGGCGAUGACAAGUGCGUUUUUUGCUGGGAAAAACAAGAAGACUGCAUCGUCAGAUACGAAUCAGAACUAUCUGCAAGGAGGGGGAACGGGAGCUGCUUCUUCUUCCUCGUCUACAGCUGUAAAUAAAAAGCAGAACGACCGAACUGAGGACGAAGCCUACCGAGAGAUGAUUCGGGGCAUGAUCCGCGUGGACCAGCAAACGGCCUCUGCGGCGACCUCUUCCUCGUCCCGGGGAGGUGGAGGUAAUACAACAACUACACAGCAUAACUACCACGACGACACAGAGACGACGGAGGGGAUAUUGAAAUCCUCCGGCUUGGUGGAGGAGGAGGGUUUUCACGUUUACAUGAAGAAACAGGCGGACCAGCUGGAUCAGGGCAAGAACGCGGGGGUUUCCGGCGGAGGCAAGAAGAAAAAGAAACCGCCAUUAAAUAAAGCUACUCCUGCCAAGAACAUGAAAGAUUAUGCCGGUCAACAUAAUGGAGCAAAGCACGACCCCGCUGGUGCGGAAGGCGAACAAGAGGGCAUGUCUAUCCGAAGUAAAAACAUCCCCACCCCAGGGUUGUCAUGCAAAUGCGCAAUGACACGAACAUUUGUAAUGCGCAGCUCCAUGGGAGGCAUUUCCAAUCGUGUUUUGAAAUUUGUAAUGCUGUAAACAGGAUGAGGAUGAGAAAGUGGCUUUCUGAUGCGGCUUCCCUUGCCAACCAGCACUACACUGCAGAUGGAAGCUUGUCAUGCACAGCUCCCAAAACUUCUCGAUUUGUGUUGCUAGAUUCCCAACUUGACUAUGGGUUGGGGACGUUUUUCCUUAGGAUAAUGUCUUCCGGUCCUGUCGCUGACGCAGACGCGCAGCUGGCGGCCCACUUGCAAGAAGAAGAACUCAGAAUGGCCAACGAGGAGCGGAGGAAGCAACAGAAGAAGAAGGCGGUCGGUAUUUCGACGAUGCAACGAACGACAACCGGAACCAGGGCCAGCAGCUUUGAGGACGUGGUGCCGUCGAGCGGCCGGCCGUCGUAUAAUCGCGGAGAUAUUAACAACUCUGACAGCGACGGCGACCAGUACGAUUCUGCGAGGGAGGAGCAGACGCAAAGCUCCAGUGCUGCGCCAAGCCCAAUGCAGCAGGGGUUCCCUCUCUCGUCGCAGCGCGGUAAUAGCGGAGCCGCGGCACAGCAGCAGCAGGCCGAAGUAUUCGCCCCGCCGCUCCGAAGAACGAGCAGUGCCAGCAGCUCGGCGUCGUCUACCAGCCAAGGGCGAGGCCUAGAACGUCGCCCAGACGGGGUCGGAAAGAAUGGGACAUCAAAAACUAAUGCCAUGCGUAAAAAUGAAAACGCCAUGAUGCAAAACAUAAACAAAUCCACUGCUCCCCUCCCCACCCCUAAAGAACCCGCAAACCUCCUUCCCUCCUACCGCCGGUAUAGUAGCACGUCCAGCAAAUCCAACGAUUCGCCGGUUUGUCACCUGUGCUGCGGUGAGCACGAGAACCUCACUUCCUUCUUCGCUUUUUUUAGCUGCAACCACUUCCCGCAGGUGUGCGCGAUUUGCUUUCUGAAGCACAAGUUUAUUCUGCGGAAAAACGAGUGCCCGCUGUGCUUCAAAGAGGUGAAGGACAUGGACAAUCCGGUCGUCUUGUCGAAUCCGAAAUACGAUUUGCUUCUCGACAAAGACAAGCAGGACUGGAACUACACUAUCCUGUGCAAAAGUAUUUUGCUUGUACUAAUUGCGAUUAUGCAUGACAAGUCUUGUCCUUAUGGUAGAACAGCAUGACAAAAUCCAGCUCUCAUGCUGAGCAAAUUUGUAAUGCAAAUUGUACUAGUACGAUACUUUUGCAAUGCAUACGCACCAGUUUCAAAAUCUACCCGGCCGACGGCGGGGACAACAAGCCAUUCUCUCUGCACGCGAAGCUCCGCUGUAUCAAAUGUAAAAAUGUCUGGGUCUGGAAGAUUGGAACUUGUCAUGCUAAAUCUGCAGCAUGCAAAAAUCUGUGUUGCAUGAUUACCAAAAGUCGUCCAGUUUUGACCAAGUCGGGAGGGAGUUUCUCAUGCAGGAUAGGCAUGAGAAAGGUCCCGCAGAAUCUGUCACGCUAGGUCCUGCAUUCCAGACCUCAUGGGUCAUGGAAAAGCAGCAUGACAAAUCGCGCAUUCUUCCAGACCCAGACAUUUUUGCAUUUGAUCCGCUGGGAGGAUUCCUUAGAGUGCUUCGUGCACUUAGUGCAGGGCAGCGACUACGAGCCAAACGUGGGUUUUUUUAAAAAGUUGGUCAAUUUUAACCUCUGCCCCAUCGCGAACUGCAAGUGGCAGAACACCACCUCCGGAGAGAACACUGGGAAUGAGGAAAAUGCUGGUGGAAAGAACGGAAAGAGAAAGGGAAAGGAAAAACAAGGAGCAUCUUCUACUUACGCCAAUGCAGCUGCAGCCACGGGCAGCUCACCUGGAAACUAUAACAGCUCGCAAGACGCAGAUAACAAUAUCAUAUGCGAGGACGUCGAUAAGCUUGAGCAACAGCGAAAGCGACUAACACUGUCGAAACACAUGCGCAACCAGCACGACAACUUUGGGCAGGAGACUGUCUGCCAUUUGUGCCUCACCCACCAGAAUGAGUUUCCGAUGCUUUUGCCCAAGUACGACCCGCGGAAGCCGAUUGCUGGUGGUUCGAGCCUGUCGGAGUUGGAAAAACACAUGGAAGAGCAGCACGUUUUGUGCAAGUUCUGCGACUUCAGUCGCGUGGGCUACUUCUACUCCACCACGGAAGCGCAGAAGCAUUUGCGAGACUGCCACGAAAAGUGCAUACAGUGCGACAAGGAAGGGGUCACCACAAAUGUCUGGUUCCAGAACUACGAUUUCCUCUAUUACCACUACGAAGCGAACCACUUUGUUUGCACCGAGGUGAAGUGUUGGCACAUGAAAACCUGUCUGUUCGGUACGGAGUACGAUUACUUGAGCCACCGCUAUCUGGUGCACAAAGAGGGCAAAAAACCCGUCCCGCCAGAGGAAACAAAGACAGGCUCUGGAGGCGGUGGUGGUACCACUGCUGCGGGUAGCUCUAGUAGCUCCAUGAUGUUGAGAGGAAAUAACCAGGAUCCAGCCGCGUUCCCGACCCUGGGGCAGUCUCUUUACGCUGGUAGCGGCGCCGGCGGGGUGUAUAAUUCACCGCGAGGAAAUGUCAAUAGCGCGCAGUACAACACUGGUCGUGGUGGAGCUGGUGCAUCUUCUUCCUCAUCAAGAGGUCCUCUAUUGUAAGGAAAAAUCCUCCCUCCCCAUAUCGACAAGGCAUGUUUCCGAAAAUUUGCGUUGCUGAUUUGAGACCACAAAUCGCGUCUGUCUUGCAAGAAGACAAGCGCAGAGGUUUCGGCGCCACUAUGGAAGCGAUUUGGCAUGCUGUUGCGCCUAGGGGGCGGCCGUUUGUAAUGCUAAGCAGCUAGACCCGAACGCCCCUACUUAGGCCGAGGAUCUGGCUACGCUGCCUUACUGCAAGACAAAUCGGAUUUGUGUGCGCGAAUCUAGCGUCAGACGUUUCGCCAUCUUGAUACGGGGAGGGAGGAUUUUUCCUGUUGAUAUCCUCCGCAGAAUAACUACAAUGCCGGUAGUACUAGUACAGCAACAGCAGCUUCCUCAUCCUCCACCCAAAACCGGCCCAAGCCCUCCAGAUCGGUCCCCCUGCAGCAGCAGGGGUGGCACACCGUCGGACCGGGGGGGCAGGUGAAUCCAGGGCAUGUUGGGGCAGGUGCAUCCAGUAGUGGCGCGAGUAGCAGCUCGAUGCAGAAUCCCGACGCUCAGAACCAAGCGCAGAAACAAAAGAAAAAGCAGACCAAAAAGGCUUUGCAGAAUCUCGCCUUUAAAAGAGCCUGACUUGUUCGUUUGUUUCUUGCGCCUUUAUAAGAGCCUGACCAUCAUCGUUCUUGCGCAUAGUUCUCAUUUUGUAAGAUCGCGACGCCGCGCUCUGUGACUCUGUAGUGAGGGCGGGCGUGAAGCCUUGGCUGUCGUUCGUAUUUUCAUACACGGUGCUAUUCAUGUUCGCAAGCGCAUCGAUAAAGCACAAGAAGACGCGGCGUAGACGCGCGAAGUGCAAAUGCAACUGCAACUACUGCAUUCACCACCACGAAAAGAAAAAGAAGCCUGUUGGCGGGAGCCUCGCCUUGCACGAGCUGAACGGGCGGCCUUCUGGCUCACUUGUUCUUCGAUGAAAAAAUAAAUUUUUGAAUCUCCUGUAACAAGAUGAUUGAUGCGAAC